GUGAGCGUACACUCUCUCUUUGGGUGUCUCCGUGUGUGCAGGGUGGUGGUCAGGCCUCCAUUUUUACCAAGAGCCCUGCAGCAGCUGUCCUCUGGCAUGUCAGCGGGGACAUUUCUGACUUGAUACACAGCUCACAACUGAACCGACGGCGGCGUCUCCACAGGUUUGAUCCUCUUCGCUUCCCGCCCGACAACUGUUUGAAGCCUGACCAUGGCGGAUCAGUACCAGUACAACACCAAUGAGGAGAAAAUCCAGAAGGACAGCCACACCAAGGAGAUCGAUCUGAUUAACAGAGACCCCAAGCAGAUCAACGAGGAUGUGGUGAAGGUGGAGUUUGAGGAUGUCAUUGCGGAGCCUGAUGGAACACACAGUCUGGAUGGGGUGUGGAAGCUCAGCUACACCACCUUCACUGUGUCCAAAUACUGGUGUUACCGCAUCCUGUCUGCCAUCUUUGGGAUCCCAGUGGCUCUGCUCUGGGGCUUCCUGUUUGCCUGCAUAUCCUUCUGCCACAUCUGGGCUGUGGUUCCCUGCAUCAAGAGCUGCCUGAUUGAGUCGCAGUGCAUCAGCCGCAUUUACACCCUCUGCAUUCAGACCUUCUUUGAUCCCUUCUUCGAAGCCGUGGGCAAGAUUUUCAGCAGUGUGCGUGUGGCACUGCGCAAGGAAGUCUAGGAACUCACACGGCAGUGCGGAAAGCAGGAUUGGAUGAAGCGUGCUGUAUUUUUACACACCAGAUAAUGAGGCCUGGCAUAUUUUCCUUCUCUGAUACUCCUCUUUUUCCCAUGACAAAAUGCAAGCUCCCACCCACCUGACAUGCCAGCGUGUGCAUGCAGCUUGCCACCAGAAAUGCUGAGGUGGCUGCAGCAGGCAGCACAGCUCCUCGACGUCUCCUGAAGAACAAAAGGGUCUCCUUUCAGAGCUGGAUCAGGAUUUCUUUCCUUGUUUGGUCAGAGAAAUCUUAGAUGUCUAUUACUUGUCACAAAAUAAAGGUGAGGUCUUCACAGCAGUUCUUAACCACUUAAAGAUGCUCUUCUAUGUAUCGUGUUGAGCCAUUUUCAAAGGUUUUCCUAUUCCUGAUUUGGGUUUACUUCACGUUUUACCAAUCAAAUGACUUUGUUCCUUCCACACCUUCAAUGCAAUGUUAAGACUGGUAUAAAAGCUGUAUUUUUUUCAGGAUCUAGUGAGUAUGUUCUGGUAGGUUUAGAAUCAACCGUUUAUUCAAUAUAAUUGUUUUUGUUUAAAAUUUGUAUUUUUUUUUUUUCAUUAUCAAAGUGGAAAUGUUCAACACCUUUGAUACAGCUGAGUAACUGAUGCUUGAAUGGCAACUCCCCUGAAUGAAAGACGCAUUUCUUUGAUGGUUGCAGUAAAUAAAUACAGUACAUCACUGGUGAAAGCCUGUCAUGAUCAUCCAUUUUAAGUGUUUCCAGAGGGGAGUGAAAGGAUUCCCAACAAAGAUUUAGUUGUUUCUGGAAAAAAGGCAACCUUGAGUUGGAAGUGUUGACCAGCGAAGCGUGACCCACUAGAGGAUGCUGUUGUGUGUCUUUUCCAUGCUUGUCUCCUGUGUGCCACAGCCUCCCCCGAUGAUUCAGUGUCACCACAACCAUCUUUGUUUGUAACCUUCCUGUGUUUCCUUCACGUGUUUUAUAUGCUGCUCACACGUUGUGGUUGGAUUGUUGCGCUGUAUGAGAAUGAUUGAAUUAAGAAAACGGUGAUUGGGUUCAAGUGUCAUUAAAAGGUGAUUAAAAUUCACAUGAGAGGCUUCGGUUGGUUGAACAGAAAUCUGUCAUAUCCUCAAAAACGCUGUGAUUCUGUUGUUUGUUCAUGAUCCUUUAUAAAGAACAUCACACUGAU